GGAUUGAGUCUCUGUUGACACCUCCGCAGAUUCAGCGUGAAGCAGGGAGCGAGAAAAGAGACAUGCACACAGAAUGACUAGAAAGAGGGGGACAGAGGGAGCGAGAGAGAAGAGUGAAAGAGACACACAAGAUAUAUUUGACUCCGUGGGUGUGUGAAGUAUCAAGGCAUGCAUCAUAAUUGUAGAUCUUUCUCGGAGCAGCCGGACGUAACAGUGCAGCAGAAGGACAUUAUUGAUUUCGCAACAAAGUGUGCUUGUUUUUUACUUUAAAAACAGUGGGAGCUGAGAGAGACAUAAAAGACAAAAUGGAAACCGUUUUGUUUUCGCUGCCUCAAGGAUUUAAUUAACUGGGAUAAUAAAACAAAAAUACUUGCUGGGAUGCAGACCGGAAAAUAAUAAUGCCCCCUCACUGCCAAUAAUCAACAUUUCAAGGCAAGAAUUAAUCUGAGAUGGCUGUCAGCCCAAUCAUCAUCUGCCUCCUGUCCCUGAUGGGCUAUGCCUCAUCCCACCCCUCUCCUCCUCCUCCCCGGGGUUGCAGUGUGGAUGUAGACCCUCCGUACAGAGUGCUGUGCGACCUGGAGGCUGUCUGGGGGGUGGUCCUGGAGGCGGUGGCCUGCAGCGGCGGCCUCGCCUCGCUGGUCCUCGCCGUGCUGCUGCUGGUCAAGCUGCGCUCCAUUUCUGACCCCGCCAGGCGCUCCGGCUUGGGACCUCUUCUCCUGCUCCUGGGCACGCUCCUGGGGAUUUUUACCAUCUCCCUGGCGUUCCUGGUGGGGAAGAACCAGGCGCUCUGUGUGGUCCGCCGGGCCUUCUGGGGUCCCCUUUUUGCCCUCUGCUUCUCCAGCUUGCUGGUGCAGGGUGUGAGGCUCAGGAGACUGGUGGCCGGCCAGACGAGUCCAUCAGGAAGCUCCUUGGCGGCUCUGGGCCUCGCGUUGGCGUUGGUUCAGGGAAUCAUCUCUGCUGAAUGGGUCCUGCUGACUGUCGUUAGAGAGGGUCACCCAGCCUGCGAAUACCCACCUUUAGACUUUGCUCUGACAUGCAGCUACACACUGGGGCUGCUCCUCAUAGCCAUGGGGCUUUCUCUGGGGGUGGUGCUGUGUGGAGGAGAGCUGGGGGGAGAGAGUGAAGAAGAUAGAGAAGGAGAGAGUGAAAAGCGGAGAUGGAAGUGUAACGCCGUCUGGCUCUUCCUGUCCAGUUUGGCAUCAGCAUUGCUAUGGGUGGCUUGGCUGGGGUUUUAUCUUUAUGGCAGCCAGGAUGUGAAGGUGUUGGAUGAGCCUGCGCUGGCGGUGGCCCUGGUCAUUCAGGGCUGGAUCCUGCUGCUGUUCCACGCUAUUCCAGAGGCCCACCUGUGUCUCCGGAACCCUCCGCAGUCCAUAACGCAAGACUUCUUCGACACCACUCAUACGUCCCCGCCUCCACACUUUGGAGAUGAGAUCCCAGCACACUCACACCGACCCUUCCCUGAGAACCAAGCCUUUUCUAUGGAGGAGCACGGUGAAACACUCCGAACUGGAACCUACCACAGCAGCCAUGGGAGUAUGCGUCCCGGCAUCGCUUUCAGAGGUCACGUCUACCAACCCACUGAGAUGGCUCUGGUCAUGAAUGGUGGAACGAUGCCCACAGCCCCAGUAAACUACACUGGGCGACGGUUAUGGUGAUAUGCGACAAGACUUGAAAAAGAAACGCUGGUGUAACGCUGGUGUGUGAUUAUAGAAUUUCCUGUUGCCUAAGAAGAAGAAGGAGAUUUUGAAAACAUCGCAUAUCACACAGAAUGGAUGUGAUGGGACCUUAAAAAUGCACCAUGCAACAUGUUACAUUUUAAGAACCAAUCCUAAAAGUGUUUUUGCUCUCCUUUUGCGUUCCUAUUUUUCAGCAGACUGGACAGAAAAUCACAAAAGAGAGGGUCGAAGUGACUCAGCUUCCAUAGCCUAGGAGACUUUUUCAUAAGGGAACAGUUGUAAUGAUGCAUUAAUUAGGCACACAGAGUUUUAAUUGUAAUAUGUAAAUAAAUACAUAAACAUGGAGUGCAUCAGAAAGGGCAAAUGCUAUUAGGUUAAUAGAACACUGUGGUAUUAACCAUAAUAAAGAAAAGAUUAAAGUAUGAUUUUAAUGUAUAGAAGUACAGAGAUGUGGGAGCAGCUCUAAAUGAUUGAUGUAACUAAUUGAAGCCAGUUCCUCAGUGAUGUUUGCUUCACAAAAACUAAACUUUACUUCUCUUCUAUCUGGUGUAAGAAUACAUCUAAAAAAAACAAGCCUUUAGGAUGUUUAUUUAAACAUACGCCCACAGAGCUGGCAUGGUGGAAGACCCAAAGGACUCGCACUCGGGUUUUUCUCUCCAUGUCUCCAUUCUAUUAUCAGUGCUAUUGGAGAUUUCAUACAUAAUUGUCAUGCAGUAAAAGAGCUGGUGUAAAGUUCUGAAUAAUAAUCUGAUGAUUUAAAAGACUAAAAAUAGUCUACGGCGGAUGGAUUAGUCGUUUUUAAUAAGCCUAUGAUAAAAAGCCAUUUAAUACUGCAAUGCUGCAGUGUAUACAGUAACGUUUACUGUUUGAGGUUGUGAUUUUGCACUAUAUUAUAUCUGGGCAUUGUGAUAUUUGAGAUGUCUGAUGAUUUGAGAGGCAUGUAAAAGCGCAUAUUAGAGGUAAUGUAUUUUGUCAAAAUGUAUUUAAAUGUUUUAUAGAAUUUUGAUAUAUAUAUAUAUAUAUAUAGAAGAGAAAAAACGGUUUCAGUGUUUUAUUGCAAAGCUUGUUCUUGACAAUGGAAAUAGCGGUUGACAAAUCCACUUAAAGUGCUCAAAAGAAGACCAUGUUGUGCAGCUGAAAUCUCUGGAACAGCUACCAAAUGGACCUUGAGGUUGGACUGUUUUCUCAACCAGUUUCACUCAUGUUUUCCCAAGAUUACUCUGGAUUCAAUAAGGCUAUACUGAUCAUGCUUGGUUAGAAAUUGUAUUGCUACUGUCAUUAUAUUCUGGCAUUCAGGAUCCCUUCAAAUGUUAUCUAGAGAAAACAUUAACUCAUCCAUCACUGUGAAUAUAACUGGAACCGACUCACACACAUGUACACUGUUUUUAUUAGUAGAAGGGCAAAGUUUGGCAUCAUGUAGAUUUCUAAUAAGCAUCCGUUUUAAUUUCCUUGGAAACACUAAAUUCAACCCAGGACAAUUUAUCAAGUUAUAAUGCCAUUCACUAUGUUUAUUUUAUGACCAUUUCUUUGACCAUUUCUUUUUGUUAUAUAAAACUAAAGUAAAUAAUUUGCCUUUUUGUGUGCUCAGAUAUUGUACAAUGCAAAUAUAACCAUUACAAGAUGUAUAUGUGUUGACCCUAUAUACCUGAGUUUUAAUUGUGUAAAUAUCAAAAUGUGAAAAUUGUAUUUUUCCUUUUUUAAAUGUUCUUAUAGUGAUAGCCCUGUCACUGUCUCAUGGCAGCGUAACAUGAAUGUCUGUAAUGUGGUUUGCACAAAGUGGCUAAUACAUCAGUGCAUAUUUCGGUUAAUAACUGUCUGGUCAUUGAACUGGUCUUUUGUCAUUAUCCAUGAUUCACUUUAUAGGGAUGCAGCUAUACAAUCAGCCAUACACACAUAGAGGAGAGGCAUGUGCAGUGACAGAGAAAAAUGACUGCACUGCAAUAAAAGCAAGCAAACAAACAAAGAAGAUAUCCUCACAAAUGUGUCAAUGUCAAUAAAAAAAAGGCUGCAAAUAAAUAAAUAAUGCAAGGUU